UUGGAGCUGCUCUCCUCUCUCAACAUUGGAGCUAGUACGUAGUUUUGUCGAAAUUGGUUACAUCGGAAAAAGAAGAAGAAAAAGAAGGAAAGAAAACAAAGGAAAAAAGGAGUUGCACCGAAAUUGGUUUGCUGGAGAAAGAAGAAAGAAAGAGGAAGAAAAGAAAGAAAAAGCUUCGUAGAAAUUGGUUCGAUAAAGAAGUUGUGGUCGCACAAAAAAAAAGAAGAAGAAACGAGAAAAAAAAAAAAGAAAAAAAGAAAUCUAAAGAAAGGGCACAUUUAUAACUUCACGGAUAGUUAAAGAUUGUUUUAAAAAAGCGGGAAGCCUCUAAAUAGGUUGCAAUUUUCUUCAAGCUACUGAUGUUUCAGGCUUCCACAUUGUUUUCAGUUUUCAUCUUCUGGGUGAUAAGGAACUGAGCCAGAGCCAGAGCCCAGAGGGAAAACAAUGGAAGAAUUGAGGAAACUAGAACAAGUACAGAAACUCAUUACGUUAAUGGAUUCGCGCGGAAUCGCCAUGACUUCUUCAUCUUCCUCCAAUCGAUUCAUUGCCAAUUUCGUUCUCCUUUUGGUGCAACCAUGUGGAGAGCUUGACUUCGACGAUAAACUCGAUUUGGUUUCUGAAUACAUACCCAAGUUUUCAGAAGAGUUUCUUGGCGAUGUAUCAUUGUUGCUUAGCGAUGGAGACUACAGGGGAAAGGAAAUGAAAACCACUUUGCAGCCUUAUUGUGACAAUAACCUGGAUUUUAGUUCUUCCCAGAACUAUUGUGGGGAAAUGGCUAUGGUUGGCUUGGAUGCAAUGCAGCGAGCAAAUUCUACGCUUGAAGAUUUUUUCAGAUCUUAUUUCAUGUUUCACGGAAUGGAUGUAAACAAACCUCAAUCUGUAUUCAAAUACUUUCCCAUUCUUUCAUUUACGGAAAGUUACAUAUAUCAGCUGGACACUUUGAACGAGAAGAUAGUUUUGGGUGGAUUCACUUUUGAAGAAUCUCAGGAAGCAAAUGAAAGGAGCACUAAGAUUCUAAGUGCUAUUAAAUCUGAUCCACUUCAACCUCUUAUUAAUCUCCUUCAAUCGCAUGGCUUAUUGACAGACAGAUUGGUCCAUGAACUAAGAAGUGGAGAGGAGUAUUGGGCAUUGGAAAGGGGCCUAUGCGGUGCAUUGGCGAGCAAAAGGAAGGUCUCUAUUGAAGAUGUAAUGCGGGCUAUUCAUCUGAAAUCAUUUGAUUAUAGAGUGUUAAACCUUCUUUUGUAUCAGUUGAGAGGAGAGAAGGUUAAUGACUUGCACAUGGAAUUUCUAUCAAUCUCAGAAUUGCUAGUUGAGAUAGCUGACGAUUUGUUUGAUUAUGAGGAUGAUGUAUUAGAGAAUAACUUCAACAUUUUGCGCAUGUUUGUCCGGAUAUAUGGAGCUUCAGCUCCAACUGCGCUGGCAAAAUAUGUGAGCGAGGCUGAGGAAAAGUAUGACAGACUAUUAAAAGCUUUGGAUCCUCAUUUAUCCUCACUUUACCAAAGGAGAUGUGAAGAGGCCACUAAAGAAGGUGGUAAGGUGUCAGCACAUCCAUUUGGAUCGUGGAUUAUGCCACCUCUGAUACGAGACGAGGAGUCGUUUCGAGCAUCUGUUAUGUCUAAUAUUCAAACAUGAAAUAACAAAUGUUGUUGUAAAUGAAACAGCCUUCCUAAUCUGAGACUCAUGCUUCUAAAUGGGGGACUGUUGGUUCUGCUGAUCAUUAAUCAGAUUUGGAAUGCCAUUUCCGGCCUUGGCUGAACUUCUACCAGCCUACCACAAGACUUUCAACAAGCAAUUCUUGCUCUUUAUCGAUGACAUUUGGAUAUUUAUUUGCUGAAAUAUAUGGAUUUAAUAGUCAGUUUCGUGCA